AUGCAACACAUACAAAGUGCACCAGUAUGUUCUGGAAUUGUAGUUCAUGGUAGACGUUUGCACCGCGCUACGGCACAGAUAUCAUUAGUACAACCAGCAGCCCAAAGCCAUGUGAACUGAAAAGAAAGAAACGCAUACCCCCCUGGUGCCCAGAACGUUGACAUUGCUCCUUUAAUACCGUCCUUUAUCCCUCGUGCCACGCCCACUUCAGAAGAAUCCGGCUUGACUUUCCGGGAGCUUCCUGCCGAGGUUCCUGAGCAGCAAGAAGGUUGUCCAAACUCUUGGAAAGUAAAGGACAAUCACACUGUAUGUCGAAGGGGUGGUGUGAAUCUCUCCAUGGAUUUACCCAAGAACUGCAGACAAGACACAGCGUCAAAUGAAUCCCCUGGACCUUUAUCCAGGAUGUCGGUUCAUCAGAAUUCUGCAGAUCCGAUGUCCCAAAAUUCAAGAUUAAUCAACAAGUGUGAUGGCCCCAGCAAGGGUAAGACUCCCACUGAUAUGACUGUGAACUGUGAUGACAGUAGACAGAAAUAUCUGCAGACUAGUGGGGAAGUCAUUUUCGCAAAGGCAAAAGUAACCGAACUGGCAAAGAGGAUGGAAAGGAAGCCAAGCCUUGCACAUCUAAAUGAUCCAAUAGAUUUGUCCAGUGCUUCGGAGGGCAGUGACCGAGUGAACAGAAGAGAGAGCGCAGCUCCUCAACAGGCUGCUUCUGCAUGUAGUUCCCGAGCGCCAUCCACCGGGACACUGGAAGCAGCCUGGCAUGAAAACACAGGUACAGCAGGGCGCGAACUAGGAAGCACUCCGGCGCAAGCCGAGUUAAAUACCGUUCCAUUGCCAAUGAAAGCAAGCAUGAGAGACCAUUUCGGCAGUUUUAUUCUCAGCACGCCUCCAAAAUGGCGUAAAAUUGUUUCUCAAGAAACCGGAGUCCAUCCUUUGUCCGUAAGCUGCGAGAGUUCCUGUGAUAGAGUCGUUUUAAACUGUCGAAGUCUACGAGUAGGAACACUUCUCCGGGUGAUAAUAGAGCCAGUCAUUUUUUGUUUGGAUUUUAUCAAGAUACAGCUAGAAGAACCGGAAGGUGGUCCUAUGGCAAUUACUUUAGAUACCUCUGAUUUAAUUAAAUGUGAAUGGUCAAAAUAUGAGCCUAAUCCUCAUUACCACAAAAAUACACUCGUACAAAAAAGUUCAACUGUAGUGGACAGUUGUAUUUCUGCUCCUUCAGCCAAUGAAACGGCCAGUUCUUCACAAAACUCCUCUGCCACACCUGUAAUUUCGAGGAUUCUAAACAGAGAGCCUCACAUAGCUUUGUUUCAUUCAAAAAAUGCUCUACGGGAAGAAAGUGACCCUCGUUGUGGGGCAAAUAUAUGCAAGGUAAAAGGUCAUUUGGAAAAAAUAAACCAGACUGCAAGUGCAAGUGAAGAAUCAAAUAAAGGAGAGUCCGUGUGCGAGAAAGUUGUUGAUAAGAAUAAAAGUGAGAAUGGCCCACACGAUGACCAUUUAAGACCUUCACACAGUACAUUUGAAUUAAGUAAAAUCAGGCUAAACUAUCCUAAUGAGUCAUCCUUAAAAGAUCAGGAUAGCCGUUGCAACCCGGAGAGGGGACAGUGGCAUUUAAAGCCUACCGUCUGUAAGCAGCCUUGCAUCUUGCUUCUGGACUCGCUACGAGGCCCUUCCCGCGCACAUGUUGUAAAAAUUCUAAGAGAAUAUCUAGAGGAGGAAUGGGAAAUUAAAAAGGGCACCAAGAGGAGUUUUUCCCACGAUGUUAUGAAAGGCCUCAUUCCAGAUGUACCCCAGCAAAGCAACCUCAGUGAUUGUGGUGUCUAUUUACUGCAGUAUGUAGAAAGUUUUUUUGAGAAUCCAGUUCUCAAUUUUGAACUACCUAUGGAUUUGAGAAACUGGUUUCCUCCUCUAAGAAUGCGAACAAAAAGAGAGGAAAUCCGCAAUCUUAUUCUGAAGAUCCAUGCAGAGCAGUGCAAAGAGAGAAGAAGCGUGCAGACAGGCAUUCAAAAGCAACCAGAUGACGCCAGCAUUGCAGACUGA